GCAGAAGCCCCGUAUGGGCAGAUGGGAGCAGGGAUGUGCGGCUGCAGCUGGAUGCGGACUGUCCGCUGCGCACGGCUGACUGACGCACGACUCGGCCUCUUAAUAUGGAAUAUUUUCAUAGAGCGAACUGCCUAAUCCAUUUUCACCAGAGGAAAAAAGGAGCCCCGCAGUAGUGCAAAUUAGAAAAGCAGUGCAUUUCGCCGUUCUUUAUGGCUUCUGGCUGUGGAGAUGAGGAGGGAAACACGGAAGGCGGUUCGUGGAGACUCAUAGGCCCGGCCUCGGAGCUUUCCAAGAAGCGCUGCCGCCUCAUGUACUCCUCCCUCGGCUACGACUCGGAUGUGUGCCUCUUCUAUGUCAAGGGGGAGUUUUUUGCCAUGGAUGCCCGAUGUUCACACUCCGGCGGUCCUCUGUGUGAGGGGGACAUUGAAGAGGCUGAUGGGGUCCUGCAGGUCUUCUGUCCAUGGCAUGACUAUGACUUUGACCUGAGGACUGGCACCUCAGGGACCUCACUACAGCAACAAGUGUAUGAAGUCAAGUUGGAGGACGGCAAUGUGUACGUGAAGCAUGCCAGUGAUCUGUCCUUACAGCCUUUUCCUGUGAACCAGAAGACCUGACAACCUCAGCUCCUGCGUCAUCCUUCGACCUCACCUUCCCUGAUGACAGAGCGUCCUGUCUGUAAAAACUCACUCGGGGUAUUUUUGAGACUUGUUCCAGUAACCCAGGCCAUCCGAAACAUUCCUAAGCCUUAUCUGUUAUUUUCGCAGACCAUUUCCUUUUGAAACUGCUUUCAACUCAGGAUGAUAUCAGGUGGAUAGACUGAAGAGGACAUGACUUCAUUAAAUAGUUUCAGAGUUUUUCAUAGUGAAAUAACAGGUUGAGAAUAUUCACUGAUAGUGAAAAUGGAGAUGGGCAGAGCCACUGCAGUCUUAACAUACCAGACAGUUAAUCCACAUAGAGAUUGGCUGCUUUCAAUGCAACAGAAAAACCUUUGUUUUACUUUUCAUCGCUGUUUUAAUCUAAUCGGCACAUGAGAUGGACAGAAUUUUUAUCUUUUGUGAACAUCAUCAAAUAAUUUAUGAUGAAAAAAACCACUGAAUGAAAUGAAAAGUUAUAUUUCAUCACAUUUCAUCAUCCACUAUCUACCUAUGACAGCAUUUGCACUAAAUAUUUUGCCAAAACACAACUUUACACAUAAUCUCAAAUGGAUCUGACCACUCUUUUGUUUUGGUUCCCAUUUGAACCAGUUUAAAGAGUUACUACAGUAUUUUGUAUUUACAUGUGCUACUAGACAAAGUAUUUUAUUAGACAUCACAAAAAUAUUUUGGUGAUCAUUUGCAAGAAUCUAACUUUAAUUACAUUCAUGGGAUAAUUUUCCCAUACGGGAAUUUGUGUUUUGUAGUAUUUUAAGAGGUAAUCGUAUCUUUCCAAAAUGUGGAAAGAACUGAAAUCAUUUGUCGUCUGAAAAGACAGAUAGAUCUUUUUUUUUUCUUUUUUUAGUGGCGUGCUUGUAUAACCUUUUAUUAAUUUAUGGUAAAAUUAUUAAUAUUCUUUUAAAACGAUAGUGAAAUGUAAGUUGUUGUUUUUUUUAACUGCUGCUAUCUAACUAUAGUAAACUGCCUCAGGUUCAGUC